AUGAAAGCUAGGAAACUGGUAGGACUCAUUUCCGGCACUAUGGGUAAAUGUAUUAUGUGGUUUUCUUUUGAGGAAGCAGAACUCUCACAAAGUGAAGCGCAACGGGUAGCUGUAUCAGACUCUGAAUCCGAGUUACGUAAUAGACUCAGCGAACAUGAGUCGAUGCUGGUCACUUUGAAACAGCAAGUGGAGAAAUUGACGGCUGAACUGAAUGCCAAAGAUCAAGCUCUGCAGGAUGCGAUCAAGGAUGCCAAUGAAAAAGAGGAGCACUGGAAAAAGAAGCGAGAAGAGUUUGAACGUCAGAUCGAAAAAGAUCACGAACACAAUGAAGAUCUUUUGAAAACUACAAAAGGACUGCAGAGCUCUCUGGAUUCUGAAAAGGAGGAGAACUUAUUGCGAAAGGCCAAGAUCGAGGAAUUGACUCUGAGGACAAAUGAAGCAUCUACUCGCAUAGCCGAAUUGGAGAAGGAAGCCGAAGAAGAUCAGAAAAAGCUCAAGAUUCUAGAAGAAUCUGUUGAAAGCCUGAGUAAGCAGCUGUUAGAGGAGAAAGGGCGGUCCACUGAGUUGCAGAAGAAGUACGAAGAUGAAGUUGUUAUGUUGAAGUCGGUUGAGAACGCCUUGUGCGAUUCUAAAAUUGAACUCGACUCGUUCAAGAGCAGCGCUGACACGAGACAAGCGGAAUUGGAAUCGCUCGUUCAACAAUCAGAGUCCAAAAUCUCCGAGUUGGUUGCGGCUGUGGAGGCAAAGGAGCAAGAGCUUCUUCACUUGACUAGUGCUAAUGCUCGAUUACUAGAAGAUCUUUCGGAGAAGACGAAGGAACUAGAUGGUUUCACCGACCGCAUGACUAAGUUCGAAAGCGAGCUUGCUGAUGAGCGUCGGAAGUAUGAGGCUCUAGAAGCAGAACGACAAGUGGCUGCUGAAGAGUGUGUUCUGCUGCGGACGCAGAACACCGAAGCGUCGAAGGUAAAUAGCUUGGAGUUUUCCUUUCUUUGGUCAAAAUAACU